UUGUUUAUUCAUGAAGAUGGGAACAAACUGCAGUGUUUCUCCAAAGACCAUAAACUGUCUGUACGACAUUGCCAGUGAUGCAGGCCUGGUUCCUGAUGCCUCCUUGGAUGCCUCCCUGGCCACUAUGUUGUCUCUGAACUCGUCCCGGGCUCUGGAGCAGCAGUACUCAGACCUGCAGAGUGGUAUGACUCAGCAGCAGAGGUUUGCCUUCAACAGCGACCUCAGCACCUUGUUCGGAGGAAACAUGACGGUUAGUUAUGGGGGCGUGGGUGUUGUCGCCCUGGCCCUCUCUAUUUUAUUUGAGAUGCUAGCCCAUCACCAGACCACUGGCUUAGGUUUAAGGAGGCCUGAGGCCAACUCCAACCCUCCAGAUCCCAUACGCAGAAUGUUUGGGGCUGAUCCAGGAUCGGACAUCAGCUCCAUUGCCAGCGAGUUUCUCAAACAGGUGGCUGGCUUCUAUAAGCAGUGCAGUAACCAUAAUAAUUGCUUUAUUCAAGCACACUCCUUAAUUCCUGGUGCAGCCAAUGACCAGGACAAGAUGGUAGCACUGCUGGAGAACUACGAGAGAAAGCUCCGGGCUGAGCUGAUGUAUUUCUAUGAGAGAAUGGUGUCACAGGAGAGGAUUGCACUCAGCUCUGCUGGGGUGAAGCAAUGGAUGAAUGGGGCUGCUCUCCAUAUCCACACCUUCCUCCAUUGGAAUCGCCUGACCAACCCCUCAGCUGGAGAGCACUUAAGUCUGGAGUACCUGCAUCAGGUUGACCCUCUGCUCAAGGCCUACAAAGAGUAUCUGCUCAAAACGGUUAAAGUGUUGCCAGCCUUGAGCCCUGGCCCCAGUGGAUCGCUGAUAGUGGAGCCUUUGAGAAAUGUAAGCCACGAGGUUCACCAUAAAGUCUGUGAGGGUAAAUUAAUCCAGCGGGCUCUUGCAGAGAGAUUCCUAUCAGCCCAGAACCUGCAAAGGGGAAAAGAGUUCUUCCAGAGUUCCCACAAACACAAUGAAGCUCUAAUGGCACAGCAAGAACACUUUGUCCAGAGCAUGGUUUGAAAACAAGUUACUGGCUAUGAUUGAUUAUCUCUCCAGAACAGCUAAACCCCAUCCCAGCAAUUCUCCUACCAUAGUUUAGCAACUGUAACUUGGUACAGAACUGAAUGUCUUCACAUGCUCACUUGUUGUGCAGGUGACUGUAAUAUUAGCAAUACCCUAUGAAGAGUUUGGGUCAUGAUUUCUUUUUUAAACUCUCCAAAACCUAAAAUAUAAGAAUAAGAUAUUGAUACUUCAACAUUUUGGGGUUAUGGUUACAUUAAAAAAAAAGGUCCGUUCAUUACUAGGACAUACACUGUAUAUUAUUUCUCCAUAAUGUGGAGGCCCGUUCUGGUUGCUACCAUAACAGAGUUAAGGCUAACAUCAGUCGUUCUGUCUUACUAUAUUGAGUUCAGAGAAGUUUAUGUUUAGUUUAUGUUUUAAAUUCAACCACACCACAACUUUUUAUACAAGAUAUUGUUACAUUUGCUGAACAUUUGGGUAAAUCCUCAGGACAAAGCCCAAAAAACAUCCAUGAAUGUCAGAUGUUUGGUACGCCUUUCUGUUGAAGCAUUAAAUGUGAAAUCUGCUGACUGAAAAUACAAACAAUAAAGUGUAUAUGUAUAA